AUGUCUUUAGAUGCUCGAGACUCCCGUGUUGGUCUUCAUAGUGUAGUACCUGGAGGCGAAUCUCAAUCUAUUAUUCGGAUAGACGAUGUUACUCAUGGUCAAUUAUAUUCAGGCAGCACUCUCCUUAGAGCUUCUCUUAUGGCUGACGAAGCGCCAGUACGCGCAAUUGUAGCGCGUGAGCGUUGCUGGCGAACUCGUGUCUCGGUUUUACAGAGUCAAGGAAAAACAUUCUACGAAAACAUUGUUUUGGGAAUUCUUCGAAAUGUAAUCUUGAAAGAAGAUGCUCAUAAUGCUCCAGAUCCUAAAGCAGCUGGCAGAUUAGGUUAUACGGCUGCUAACAAUCAAUCGACACUUUUCCCCCAACCACUGGCUGUCGGAACUUACUAUUCAAAACCUAACGGUGCAAAUACUGGGUCAGCUAUGGCGCUCAGUACAGGGCAGCCUAUGUCUGUUUCUAACUCCAAUGCGCCGCAUCAUUCACAGAUGCAUUAUUCAAGAUACGAUCAAGAGCGUUUUACAGGUGGACGUGAAGAAACUGCCGGCUUUCGCAUCGAUACUAUGAGUUCUUAUCACGGAAAGGCCUUGGUGUCAAUGGUUGCCGGUAGUGCAGACAAGCCAAAUUCAGAUAAUUUUGCUGGGAGUUCAACUCCUCUCCGUACGCCAGCGACUACUUCUAGGUCAAUGGGAAACGAAACUCCGACUAUUCCUUAUGAACCUCAAUCUCUCAGAGACCCUCGAGCUACUACCUCAGGGAUUCCUUCAACCCCCAGUGCUACUCCUGAUGCAUAUCGUGGUUUACGCUCUACUGCUGAUGCCCGCCUUUCUGCUCGAAAUAAAAUUAGAUCAUCUCGUAUUCCAAUUAUUAUAAUUCCUGCAGCACCAACUAGUCUAAUUACUAUGUACAACGCCAGAGAUAUCUUGCAAGAUUUACGUUUCGUUAAAUCUCAGGAAAAACAAGCUUCAGGUAUGCGUCGUGAAAAUGAAAUUCUGAUUCAACGUCAGAAAUCUGAUGGUCGAACUGUACCGUAUCGUGUGGUGGACCAACCAAAUAAAUUAUUAUUAGAUGAAUGGAAUCGUGUUGUGGCCGUUUUUGUCCAAGGUCAAGCAUGGCAAUUUAAAGGUUGGCCAAUCAGCUCUGAUCCAGCUGUAAUUUUCUCCCAAAUUAAAGGUUUUCAUUUGAAAUAUACCAAUAUGCCUCUGGAUCCAAAUGUAGCCAAAUGGAAUGUACGUGUCAUCGAUCUAGAUCAACGACGUCAUCUAGACAAGGCUAAUUUUCAACAAAUCUGGGAACAACUAGAUAAACAUAUAGCUAGAAAUAAGCCAUUUCUACGUUCUUAG